AUGCCAUCCCUCGGCGACACUCUCGGUGCAAUCGAGUUUGGAGUCUUUUUUGCAGCAAUAUUGUACGGAGUAUUACUCGUGCAAGUCUACAACUAUUACCAGCAGCACUUCAACGACGGGGUAUGGGUCAAGAGUCUGUUGUAUUUAGUACUGUUGAUUGAAACUACUCAUAUGGCAUUCAUCACCGUCUAUGUCUAUAUUGUCACCGUCGAGUACUAUGGCGUGGUCUCCGCCAACGGGACUUUUGCUUGGACUAAAUAUGUAUGGCCACUAGCGUUCUCGGUCACCCUUGCCAAUCUCAGUAGUGCGCUUGUCCAGGGUUUUUUUUCUUACCGAAUGUAUAGACUAUCUAUGCGGUGGUACCUCCCUCUAUUCUCGUGGACUUUCAUUACUCUUCGAUUGGUAGGAGCCAUUGCUGCCAGCAUCGUCGCUACCAGCAGCGGAGACCUUCUCUCGUUUUUCGUGGACCAUCAACUCUUGAUUCUUCUGGGUCAGAGUGCUGGUCUUAUCGUCGACAUUUUCAACACCAUCUGUCUUUGCAUUCUUCUUUGGUACCAUCAAAAUGUGUCCAACAAGUAG